CGCAACUCCUCGCUCGCGCGCGGAACAGAAGUACGGCGCAACGGAAUGCCAACUGCUGAUCUUUCAGUAUGAAGUCAGACCCCUGAAGUGUCACAGAACACAAACAACGAACCUGCCGCCACAGUCUGGAGGAAUUAACCUCCCCAAAGCGCGUGAGAGAAGCAGGAUGGGAAAUACAGGUCGCCAGCGUUCUUUGGAGAUCAUCCUGGUUCUCAUUCUCUGCGCAACGCAGACUGCCGGUCGAGGUGCCACUGAUGCUCUUGCUGACUCCCUGUCAUCAGUUGGUGGGACAUUACCUCACUUCCUACAAGAACCAGAGGAUGCUUACAUAGUCAAAAAUAACCCCAUCAAAUUGCGUUGCCGUGCGAAUCCUGCCUUGCAGAUCUUCUUCAAAUGCAACGGAGAAUGGGUCCAUCAGAACCAGCAUACCUCGCAAGAGUACAUGGACCAAAACACUGGGCUGAAAAUACGCGAAGUGACGAUCAAUGUUACCAGGCAGCAGGUGGAGGACUUUCACGGUCCGGAGGACUACUGGUGCUUGUGUGUUGCCUGGAGUCACCUGGGAACCUCGAAGAGUCGUAAGGCAACAGUGAGGAUAGCUUACCUCCGCAAGAACUUCGAGCAAGAUCCUCAGGGGAAGGAAGUGCCAAUCAAGGGCAUGAUUGUUCUGCAUUGCCGUCCCCCAGAGGGAGUGCCCAUGGCCGAGGUGGAGUGGUUGAAAAACGAGGAGCUGGUCAGCUCUCUUAGAGACGAUAACAUUGACACACGUGCAGACCACAAUCUGAUUAUCAAUGAAGCCCGGCUCUCUGACUCCGCCAACUACACCUGCCUGGCCAGCAACAUAGUCGCGAAAAGACGCAGCGCUACAGCUACUGUAGUUGUGUUCGUAAAUGGUGGUUGGUCUUUGUGGACUGAAUGGUCUCCGUGCAGCGUGAACUGUGGAAGAGGAGUUCAAAAACGUUCUCGCACCUGUACUAACCCGGCCCCUCUGAACGGAGGAGCGUUCUGUGAGGGCAUGUCUGUGCAAAAGAUCAGUUGCAAUGCCCUCUGCCCAGUGGAUGGAGUCUGGGAGGAGUGGGUCGAGUGGACGCUGUGUAACGCCCAAUGUGAGAGGCAGCGAUGGAGGGAGUGUAAUGUGCCGCCACCCCGACACAGAGGCAAGAUGUGUGAAGGAGACACUCAGAGCACAGCGAACUGCACAGGAGGACUGUGUUCACAAAAUGGGAAGCUGAUGCAUGAUGUAAAGCCCCAGAGUAUGGAGAGCUCGAUCGAUGUUGCGCUGUACUCUGGUCUGGCUGCGGGGGUGAUAGCUAUGGUCGUUCUCAUCGUGUCCAUCACCCUUUACAGGAAGAGUCAGAGUGAGUAUGGAGUUGAUGUCAUUGACUCAUCUGCUCUCGCUGGGGGCUUCCAGUCCUUUAACUUCAAGACUACCAGACAAGGCAAUCCGCUUCUGCUCAAUCCCUCCAUGCAGCCCGAUAUAACAGUGGGCCAGACCUACAACAGUCCCAUCUGUUUCCACGACUCCAUAGACAAAGAACUCUUUGACCCUCUUCCCGAAAAGGUCAAAGUUCAGAGCUCCUUUAUGGUUUCACUAGGUGUGGCAGACCGGGCGGAGUACCACGUCAAAGCCCACUCGGAGAGACAACCUGCUACCCUUCACCCAAACAUGGUCACCGCUAAUGGACCUCACACUCUUGGAAUAGCUCAUUUAAAGACAAGCGCUGUGUUUGGGCACCUGGGUGGACGUCUGGUUAUUCCAAAUGCAGGAGUAAGUUUGCUGGUGUCUCACGGGGCGAUCGCAGAGGACACUUCCUCUGAGAUGUACAUGCUCAUAAAUCAAGAAGAGUCCAGUGCCCAAUCAGAGGAGAGGUGUGAGGUUCUAUUAGGGCCAGAGAUCACUUAUGGUCCUCCCGGGCUGAACCUGUCCUAUCCUGUUGCCAUGACGAUAGCUCAUUGUGCUGAGGUCAGCACUGAAAACUGGAACAUUAAACUCAAGAGACACACCAAGGACAACACGUGGGAGGAAAUGAUGUCAGUAGAUGAUGAAUCGACCUCCUGCUAUUGCCUGAUGGAUUCACACAGCUGUCACUUGUUGCUGGAUGAGCCCGGCUGCUAUGCACUGGUGGGUGAACCCGUCACUGAUUCAGCAGUAAAGAGACUGAGGAUCGCGGUUUUCGGCAGUAUGGAGGCCUCCUCCAUGGACUACAGUCUGCGGGUGCACUGUGUAGAUGACACACCACAUGCAUUUCAGGGAGUGGUCACUGCUGAAACCAGCAGAGGAGGUCAACUUCUAGAAGAGCCCAAGACGCUAUUCUUCAAAGGAAACUGCCUCAGCUUGCAGGUGUCCAUCCAGGAUAUCCCUCAGUUUCUGUGGAGCAUCAAACCCUUUACCACCUGUCAGGAAUUCUCUUUCAGCCAGGUGUGGUAUAGCAACCAGCAGCCUGUGCACUGUGCCUUCACACUGCAGAGACAUAACGACGCAACCACCCAGCUCUCCUGCAAGAUCAGCGUGAGGCAGGUCAAAGGUCACGAGCAGAUCCUGCAGGUGUACACUUCACUGGCAGAGAAUGAGAAAGAGACGGUCCCGUUUUUUAUGCAGGCAGAUUGCACAGUCACCUCACAGACAGGGGCCAAAGCCUUCAAAAUCCCCCUGUCCAUUCGUCAGCGGAUAUGCACCACCUUCGAUACUGCCAACGCCAAGGGCAAGGACUGGCAGCUCUUAGCUCAGAAACUCCACAUUCAAAGGAACCUGUCCUACUUCUCCAAGCAGCAGAGUCCUUCUGCUGUCAUUCUCAGUCUUUGGGAGGCCAGACAUCAGGACAAUGGAGAUCUUGACUCACUCGCCAGUGCUUUGGAAGAGAUUGGAAAGAUCCACAAUAAAAACCUGCCUCGUAGUCCGGCUGACAAAGAACCAGUCUUUAGCUUUUGAGUGUGGCCAAAUUAGUCUUCUAAUUUCUAGUCCCACCUGAAGUGUCAGAGACGUCUUGGACAACAUGUGACCAAUCUGUUUAACAAAUAUCUAUGUGCAAACUAUUACAAGUUGGCAGGGACGUGGCACAGCCAUCACAUCCUACGUGAAAUUCCGCCUUAGCUUUUUUUGGUGUUUAUCAUAUUGAAUUAUUGUAAGAUGCAAUUAGUGGCCAAGUUGGCAUUUCCCUUGAGUCAGCCACAUAUACUGCUGGUCAAAAGUUCACGAGGUCACUUACUAAUCGUUAUUUAUACUUGUUUCAUAUUUAAUAGCAGUAAAUAAUAGAAAACUGAUCAAAUGAAAUGAUGACAUAAAACAACUGUGGGAAUUAUUUUCUAACUAGACAAAUCCUAGGAAUACAAUUUCGUAUUCUUUUGAUCCCAUAAUGUCCUUGUAGCUCAAUUUGGUUCGAUGCCAGAGAACACACAUGAUGAUCAAAUAUACAGUACAUGUAGACUAAAUACGCUAUAAGUCUCUUGUGAAUUUCUUAUAAUAUUUAAGUUCAUCAUUUUUAGCAUCGAAUGAAAUCUAUGUAAGUACAGUUUUGCCCUCAUACGGUAUCAAAGCGUUUCAGACAUUUUUUUGAGAUUUGAGAUGAAAAGUGACCCCUUACUUUUGAACCAAGGUUUUCGUUUUUACCUAUUUUUAAUCAGUCUUGUGUUACAGAAUUCCAGCAGUAUUUAUAUCCCUUCUGCAUGUUACUACUGAAUUGUGCUUUGUUUGCACCAUAUGAUGUUUAGAGAUGGGAGAAGAGGGAAAUCCACUCUGGCAAACUGCCUUUUUAUAGUCAUCACACAUCGUAAUCUUGAUUCACUGUGUACUUCCAUUAUUAUUUGCAUUGUACAUUUGCCCUUUUUAAUGGGAUUGAUGAGGCGUAAUAAGAACCAUUUGAAAUCAUGACACAGUAAAUUUUGACUCGUUCUCAUUUAUGCAACAAUGUGAAAUUCAACUGCACAAUUGCACAGGUUCAAAAAGAGGUAUAAAUCUCUACCAUUUAUCCCUUAAAAAUAUAUGAAACCCACUCACUACAGUAAAACACAUUACUCUGUUCACGUGAAUACAUGUUAAGGACAUCAGAAAGUCACUAGGGCCAAAGAUCAGAAAAGUGUCAUGCCUUUAUAUAGGGAGUUUAGACUAAAAUAUUGACCACAACAACCAUUUACUUAUCCCAUAGCAGAUGUCACUACAUCCCUUUUGCUAACGCAUUCAUUUUUUUUCAACUGAAAUGGAAAUCCCCUUUGAGACUUACAGAAUGAAGCCUCUCUUAUCUCCUUGGACCAAAUUUCACUGUUCAGUAUGAAACACAAUGGGUAACCAUGGGCUGGUGAGCACCAAGAGUUAUAAUGACGGCCUGAUAAAAGGAAAAGAGUUCAAUGCUGUCAUAAGUGUAAGAAAGAGUUAAAUCCUUUGCCAAGUCAUCGACUUUAUGAACCUCCUAUCUUGAGACAGGAAAAUGUUUUUAAGAGGAUUGAUUUUAGUUGGUUUUGAGUGAUCUAACACUACAACGGACAUUAAGGUCUUUAUGGUUUUCUUACACUUGAUAUUAUUUUCUGUGUUUUGCUUUUGAGUUACAGUUUUAUAAAACAUUUAAAUAAGACGGAUUUGCACUGAGUUUUGUGACAAAAGAGCAUUAAGAGCUUUUGUUUGUUUGCAUCUUUGGUCAUUGCUGUUGUUGUUAGACACGGGCUAUUGCACCACCAGAUGAUAUAUCACUUUGUAUAAGCCCAAAGAAAUGUCUCUUUUUCAUUCCUUAUACAAUUUUACACUUAAAGAUUUAAAACAUCAUUUCGUUUUGCUUAUAAAAUUGCUGGAAGAACAGCUUUGCUUCUUAUUGAGCCAUUUCGAUGUUCAUAUUGUGACACAGUAGAGGAACAUAAAGUUUAGCAUAAGAAGGACUUGCAUAAACAACAGAGCAACAGUACCAUAAUAGCUUUCAUAUCAAGACAAACUUUUCUCCCCAGUAUUGUGACAGUAUUUAUACUGAGACAUUUAAUUUCGGAUAAAUCAAUGCAAAGCCUUUAAACCCUAAAGUCAACUAAAACUCAGACCCACGUUUGUGUUACAUUUAGCAUUUUGCUAUUAUUUAUGAUUCUUGUGCCUUGUAUAACUUCUGUAAAUGGUGAAUGUUGUACAGGUUAAGAUGGUUCCAAAUCAUGCAAAUGUACUGUAAGAUAUCAGUAUAAAGAAGAAAAAACAUUACACUGAUAUGCAGGGGUCAAGAGCUUUUCUAGUGCUAAAUAUACUUGUUUGGUAUCGCCAGGCCAGCUUUGUGGUAUAUUGUAUCUAUGAUUAUGAACAUUUUUGGAUGUUUUCUGUACAGUAGAGUUUGCUGAUGUAUAUGCAGUCUUUUGGAAAUAAAUGUACAGCUGAAGAGAGCUGCAACUAGC